GCAAGCGUGGUGAUUUUACACCUACCUUUUAACCGGACCGUGGCUGAUUGUAUUGUAUUCGUUUUACGAUACGGAUCAUGCUUGGCCCAGGUGGUUUCCCUAAGAAAAGUGUAUUUCUAUUUUACAUAUUAUUGCAAUACUUCAUUAUUGCUGUGACAAAUUUAUUUAAUAUUCUGUACAAUCGAAGCUAGUUCUCAAUAGUUUUAGAUAUCAGAAAUAUGAGAUUACAAAUAGUUGUGAUAUGUGUGUCGUAAAAUUAGAACGUGUUACAAUCUAUUAGAUUUUUCACUUUUUAGUCAUGCAUUUUUUAAAAAAUUAUAAAUUUUUAAAAAUGACUUAAAUAGAGACUUUAAGAAUGACUUAAAUAAAUCACGAUCACCAGUUUCAAUGCGCGAUGCUGAAUAUUAUAUUAUGUUGGAUAUGUUGGUUGUUUUGGGCGGGUCUUCCGAUAAUUACAGCCUAUCCCGUAUCAUCGUCUAUACGAACAGAUUUAUCAUACAACUAUACUUCAUCAAAAUGGGAACAAUACUGGAUACAAUAUACUCUUGGUCUUUUAAGUGUGACAGCUACAGCAUUUACUUUAGUUGGCUGCCUUUGUUGUCGAAGACCUAGAAGACCUAAAGGAUUUCAAGACAAAGCAGAAAAAUGCAAUCAGGAAUUCAAAGAUGGAAACAAUAUUGGUCAAGAAUUAGUAUUUGAGCAUUCUCUUGAAGGUUUGGAGUUAAAUGUUCCACAUAUGUUAGCUGUUUCAGAAAGAGUACAAUUUGAUCCUUUACCUGUAGAACAUAUUAUAUCUGGUGCUAAAAAUAUUUUAAAACCAAAGCCAUUACCUUUAUCAUCAUUAUUUUUUGAAAAACAUGAUUCUGAUUCUAAUAUUCUGCCAGAAUAUUGUCGUGAAUGGUUUGAUGCAAAGGAUUUAUGUGUAUCUAGAGAAAAAUUAAAAUAUUUAAGAGAAAUUGGUCAUGGUUGGUUUGGAAAAGUUGUAGAAGGCCGUGCAGAUUUAGAAGGACAUAAAAGGACUUCCAAAAAUGGUGGUGUUGUUGUGAGAAUUCUUACAGAAGAAGCUACUAUGAAGGAAAAAGCUUGGUUUCUUGGUGAAGCUACUCCAUAUUUGAAAUUAUAUCAUCAAAAUAUUUUAACUUUGAUAGGUUUUUGUUUAGAAACCGAUCCAUAUUUAUUAUUAUUUGAAUCAUGUUCAGUGGGUGAUCUUAAAAGUUUUUUGUUAUCAAAUCGUGAUAAAAAGUCUCAAGAAGCACUUAAUAAAGAAAAUAUUCUAAUUCGGAUAGCAUUGGAUAUUGCUGCUGGUUUAAAACAUAUGCAUUGUAAUGGAUUUGUACAUACAGAUUUAUCUGCUAGAAAUUGUUUAGUAGCAUCAGAUUUAUCAGCAAAACUGGGAGAUUAUGGAAUUGGUGUAGAAAAAUAUCCUGAAGAUUAUUAUGUAGUUGGAGAUCGUGCAUUACCUAUUAGAUGGUCAGCACCAGAAAGUGUAGAAUGUACUGAUACAACUAUUGAAACUAGAGAAAUUACAUCUCAAGCAAAUAUAUGGAGUUACGCUAUUUUUCUUUGGGAAAUUAUUACAUGGGGAAACAUACCAUACCAUGAUAAGAGUGAUGAACAAGUAAUUCAAAUGCUUUUAUAUUUAAAAUCAGAUCUUUCAUCAAAUGGUAUACAAGUAUUGCAAACAUACUUAGAAAAUUGUCCAUCAAAUAUAUAUCAAGCAAUUUAUUUAAGUUUAAAUUUAAAUCCACAAAAAAGACCAAAUCUGGAUGAGAUAAGACAAUUUCUUUUAAAUCAGCAUAUAGAAUGCUUAGAUUUUGAACAAAGAUGGGAAAAUUUACGAGUUAAUGCUAAACAUGCUCGAAGUGCAAGUUUGCAAGAUCUUAGAGGAAGUAUUGAUUCAGAUUAUUGGACUACUAUUGUUGACGAUACACCACGUCAAUCAUCAUUUCGACUUGGACCUAAUGAAUUAGUAAAAAAUGUACCAAGUAUUAAAAAUAUUAUUCAUCAUGAAUCAAGCUCUGAAACUGAAGAAGAAAGUUGGAAAGGACGAAUUGAACAGGGAGUUUAUACUGAAAAAGUAAAACAAAAAUCUAAAUCUGUUACUGAUUUGAUGGUUCUUGUACAUAUCGAUUUUGAUUCUGAUGUAGAAUUAUCAAUGGGAGCUCAAAUCUCAGAAAAAUAUGGAAAAAAAAAAUUACCUGCUACUGGUAGUGAUAGUGAUCUUAGACAUAGUAUUCAUACAGAUGAAUUCGAUGAAACAUUAAGAAAAUUGCGGAAUCCAUUACCAAAUAAUACUUCUAACAAAAUCAGUAUGUUAAAUACUUCAGAAAAGCCAAAAUUAUUGACAUUAACCAUGGAUCAAACUCAAACUCCAAUUUUGAGAUUAUCUUUAAAUAACAAAGAAUUUGAUACUACAUCUAUUGUAAAUACAAUUACAGAAACACAUAAUGACAAACAUGUACUAAGACUUCUAUCAAAAGGAGAUCCUAAUCUUCCUCUUUUAUGUUAUGUACCUGAUACAUCUUCUGAAAUAUUAAAAAAAGAUGAUAAAUCUCAAUGUAAUUUGUGUACAUUUAAGCAUGAAAAUACUUUUUUUUCUAAGAAUUGUUCAAUUAAUUAUGGAACUAAUGAAAACACUUCAGUUGAUGUUACACUUUGGAAUCAUGCAUUAGAUUCUGCUUUAAAAAAGAAAAUACCUGGUUUUUUAGAUGAAGAUGAAUUCAAUGAAUAUGCAGAAUCUUUAUUUAAACAAGAAAAUAAUAUUGCACCAGAAUUAAUUGUAACUAUUGAAUCAAAUACUUUGCAAUCUCAGAAACACUAUAGACAUAAUCCAGAUAAAUUCUCCAACGAAGAAGAUAUAGACAUGAAUCAGAGAUGUUUAUCAAAUGAAGAUGAAGAAGAAAGAAAACAAUUAUCUACUCCUGAUGAUGAACAAAGUUCUGAUUCUGGAUUUAGAGAUAAAGAAUCUUAUGAAGAAGAAGAAAAUGUUUAUGCUUUAAUUCCAUCAACUUCUACUAAUGAUUCUACAAUAAAUAUACCAAUAUAUAAUGAAGAAGAACAGUUACAGAUUUUAUUUGAACUAGAUACUAUUCUUGAUGCAGAAUAUUAUGCAACACUUCCUGUAUCUGAAAAAAUGAUAGAAAACUUAUCUUCAAAUAAUCAUAUAGAAAAUAAAAUUGUCUGUACAAAUGAAGAUGAAUCUGAUUCUAUUCAUACUGUAGAUACUAUAAUUGAAAUAGAUAAUAAUGAAAAUCUUACUUCUAAUAUCAAUUUACGAGAAAAUGAUAUAAAGCCAAUAUUAAAUAAUGAACAGACAAUUCAAUCAGAAAAUAUUAAAAUUAAAAUUGACGAAAAUAUUGAAAUAAAAGAUUUAAGUGAUAUUAAUUCUUCUUCUCAACAAACAAAUUUAAAACAUUGUAAUAUUGAAACAAAUAUGAAAUAUUCCAAAGAAAAAGAAUUAAAAUAUUUACAAAAUAAAAAUGAAAAUGAAAUUAAAAAUAAAAACGAAAUUAAAAGUAGAAAUGAAAAUGAUAUAAUUAUUAAUGCAAAUAAGUAUGAAAAUGAAAAUGAAAAGAAAUUUAAAAAUAAAGAUGAAAAUGAAAUUGAAAAUAAAAAUGAAUAUGAAAUUGAAGACAGAAUUAAAAAUGAAAGUAAUGAAAAUAUAAAUAAAUAUGGAAAUAAUAAUAAAAGUGAUAUUAAAAAUAAAAUUGAAAAUGAAAAAGAAAUAGGAAAAAUAUAUGAAAGUAAAAAUAAAAAGGAAAUAGAAAAAAAAAAUGAAAAUGAAAUUGAAGAUGAAGACAGUUCUACUAUGAGUUUACAUAGUGAUAAUUCUUAUGUAUCGUUUGAUAUAGAAGAAGAAUUUGUAACAGCAAUUCGAAAUGAACUUAGAGAAAAAUUACCUUGUGCUCAGAUGUCUGUUGUAGAACCACUAGAAGCUCAUGAUGAUGAUAAUCCUAUAUCUAGAGAUAUAGAUAAUAAACAGUGGGAUGAUGAUAGUGAAGAAUCUUCUAAUCAAAGUAGUGGAGGAGUGGGUAUUUCAAUAAGGUAUAAUGUAUAUGAUUCUCCCCUUAGUCCAAUUCAAGAAGAAAGAGAAAGUACUCUUACUUCUGAAUCAUUAAUAUCAAAUUCUAGAGAUACAUCAAUUGCUUCAAAAGAAUCUGUUGCUUCAGAUGAUAUAUUACUAGUUGAUACUCGAACAAAUAAAAUGAUUUUAUUAGAAGGAUUAGGAGAAAAAUUGCAAGAUGAUGAACGAGAUACAACUAAUGGAGAUUUGUCUGAAGAAGAAAAUUUGGAUUAUAAUUGUUCGAUAAUUCGUUCUCGUGAUGAUAAAUCGCAUAUUAUAAUUGCAAGUUGUGGAGCACCCUUACCAAGUCCAGAGGAGGAAUCUAAAUGGCAACAAUUACCAUCAUCUUUUCCAUUACCAUUACCUUUACCAUUGGAAGAUGAUUUAAUGUCAACAAGUUUUGGAACAGAUCAUGGAUGGGGUACACAGGAUGAAGAUGAAGAAGAAGAAGAGGAAGAAGAGGAAGAAGAAGAGGAUGAAAAUAAUAGUUCUAGUUCUGGAGAAUUUGUUUGGAAAAGAUACGAUGAAUCACAUAUGGAACAAGUUCAAACUCGAAGUUAUUUAAAUAGUAAUGAAGGAAUAAUAUUAGAUGCUGAUGUUGAAGAUGAAAUAGAUCUUGAGGAAGAAGGAGAAGAUGAAGAAGAAGAAGAAGAAGAUGAAGACGAAGAAGAAGAAGAAGAAGAAGAAUUUACGCCAUCAGCUUGGAAUGCAACAUUAGCACCUCAUCGUUCUGCAUUAAGAUCUCCAGAUAAAACAUUAAAAUCUGGUGAUGAAUCGGAUCAAAAAAAAAGCGUGUGGUUUAAAAAACAACGUUAUCAUUGUGUAUAUGAAUAUCCUAAAGAAACUCUAGCUACAGAAACUCAAGAAGAAUCAACUAAUACUUGGGAAUCUACUUCAUAUAGUGAUUGGGAGGAAAUGAUAGAUGAACCACGUUUAGAUUUGUAUCCUCUUGAUUAUGAUGAUGCCCAUCAUUCUGGAAAUGAAGAGUUUUUUGUAAGCAGUUCAAAUCGUCCAUUUCAAUUUCAAACUAGUGAGAGUAAAUAUGUAAGUCAAUUUUUUCCUGGUGCAUCUACGUCAAUGAAUGAAGAACGAGAUGAAGAUGGUGAUCGAAUACCACAAAAUGGAAUAGAAUUGUUAAAUGAUUGUAGUCAAAAUCAACAAUAUCAGUUAGGAGAAUUAAGGCAUACUAGAGAUCGCUUGAAAUUGAAUUUAUCUACAACUGGUCCAUCUUUUGUUUCUACUAAACAAAUGAAAGAAGAUGAUGUAAAACAAUUGCAUGAAAGAGAAAACAUGUCAGAAUUCUUACAAAGUAUAAACUUAACAGAGGACCAACAUAUGCUAUCAAAUUGUUUGAAUUACAAUGUGUUACCAACGGUGCCUCCCAAAGACAUUCAAGAAAAAAAAAAACUUAAUUUGAUUUCUUCAAAAAGUGCCCAAUGUGAUACUCAAGAAAAGAUUGAGUCUAUUGACAAGUGUAGUAUUUUAACUCAUGAUUAACGUAUUUCGAAAACGUUAAUAAAAUGUUAAAAAUAUAAUUUAGCUGAAGUCCGUCCGAAUUAAUUUUGUUGCAAAAGUACAGUGAUUAUUCAACGAAUUCACUAUUAAAUGAAUCUCGAAUUAUUGUAUAUAAUGUAACAAAUUUUUAUUGUGGCUAAAAUGUAAUCGAUUGUCUAUAGUAUUGUAUUAAAUUUUGAUUUAUUGUAUAGAAAUAUUAAUAUAAAUAGAGCUUAAUAUUGAUAUAAUUUUUUAUAUGAUCAGCUUCAUGAUGAUAAAAAAAUAUAAAAGAAGACAAUCGAUUUUUAAAAGCUAAAACUAUUGAAUAAUUUCGUUUCAUAUUGUAAAUAUUUAUUAAACUCAUUCAAUCACAUAAUUGUUAUCAGAAAAGUAAAAUUUGCGUAAAUUAUUAAUGUUAUUAUUUUCAUUAUUUUUAUUGAUAUAUAAUAAUUAUUAUAUUAAUUUUUAACUAUUGUUAUUUUUAAAUAACGUAUAUUUUUUCGAUUUAUUUUUAUUAAAAUUAUAUUAAUAGAAAACAGCUCUCUAUUCUAAAAAGUAUUAUAAUGUUAAUCAAUGGACGGUACUAUAAUUAAGUCUUAAUUUUUAGCAAAAAAAUGUAUAGUAAUUAAUGCACGAAUAAUUUGUUAUAAAUAUGUAUUGUAUUAUUACUUUUACUAGAACUGUGAUGGGCACAAUUUGUGCAUUUUUAUUUCAGUUAAUUUAGUGAAUUAAAUUAGUGAAAUUACAAAUUUCAUGUAAGUAGCACAGAAAAGAUGCUGCCGUAUUCUAUUACAUUUUAUUUCCAAUAAAUUUAAAUAUUCUUGAACGAUUUUUCACAUAUAAUUUGUCUUUAAUUUUUAAUAUUCAAAUAAUUUUUUAUAGAAUAAUAUUCUAUGAAAUGUAAAUGCACAAA